UUUGUUUAGUUAUCGCAGAAAUUACUUUCGUUUUCAAUAAACCACCUUUCUAAUAAAUUUUGAAUCAAUUUUCAUUUUAAUCUAUCAGUAUGGAUGAAGAUAUGCGUACUCUUUGGUGUGGAAAUCUAAGUGAAAAAGUAACAGAAGAAAUUCUGUACGAAUUAUUCCUACAGGGUGGGCCUGUACAAAAAGUUUCUAUUCCUAAACAUCCGAAUGGCAAGCAGAGAUCUUAUGGAUUUGUAAUUUAUAAACAUAUUACUUCUGUAUCCUAUGCUUUAGAGCUAUUUGAUGGUACAUGCCUAUAUAAUCGUCCUCUUAAUAUCAGCCUAAAGAAAAACAUAGAAUUGUCACAAAUUACCCAACCACAGGAUCAUUUUAUUGAUUUCAAUCAUUGGCUUCAGUUAGGUGAAGAAGUGUUAUUAGGGAAUGAUAUGUCUCAUUUGAAAGGAAAUACAUUUGGGAUGAAUAUGAUACCAACCAUAGAUUCACGCAUGAAACAAACAGAUAAUUAUUCUUAUAAAGAUGAUAGGAGAUCUCGACGGGUACACCCCUAUAAUAGGGAACAACACAAAAGUAGUAAUCACCAUAAGAGAAGCCACUAUUCCAAACAUGAUUAUAGAAGUAGUAGACAUAAUUAUUAA